UCCACGGAUCACCGCUCCACGGAUCACCGCUCCACGGAUCACCGCUCCACGGCCUCUGCUCCACGGCCUCUGCUCCAGGGCCGCCGGCGCCAUGGGCAAACUCAAUGUGGUGCUGCUCAGGUAUCUGAGCAGAGAUGAUUUCCGGGUGCUGAUCGGGGUUGAAAUGGGAAUGAAAAAUCAUGAAAUUGUUCCACCCAGUCUUAUUGCUUCAAUUUCAAACCUUAAACAUGGUGGAUGCAACAAGAUCCUGCGUGAACUGGUAAAACAUAAACUAUUAGCUUAUGAGCGAACAAAAAUGGUACAGGGUUAUCGCUUGACAAAUACUGGAUAUGAUUACCUGGCCCUGAAAACACUCUCUGCUCGAAAUGUUCUUAAUUCGGUUGGGAACCAAAUGGGUGUUGGCAAAGAAUCAGAUAUUUAUAUAGUUGCAAAUGAAGAAGAGCAGCAGCUUGCUUUAAAGCUCCAUAGAUUGGGUCGCACAUCAUUUCGGAAUUUGAAGAAUAAACGUGACUACCACAAACAUAGACAAAAAAUGUCCUGGCUUUAUCUUUCCCGCCUUGCAGCAAUGAAGGAAUAUGCGUAUAUGAAGGCAUUACAUGAUCGAGGAUUCCCUGUUCCGAAGCCAGUGGAUUUCAAUAGGCACGCAAUAAUCAUGGAGCUCUUAAAUGGUUAUCCCCUGUGCCAAGUUCAUCGACUUAAUAAUCCUGGCGAAACAUAUAAUGAGUUAAUGGAACUUAUUGUGAAGCUUGCUAAUCAUGGUUUAAUUCACGGUGACUUCAAUGAAUUCAAUUUGAUGAUGAAUGAUGACGAUCGUGUCACAAUGAUUGAUUUUCCACAAAUGGUAUCUACAUCUCAUAUAAAUGCUGAAUGGUAUUUUAACAGAGAUGUGAAGUGUAUCCGUGAUUUUUUCAUCAGGCGUUAUAACUACGAAAGUGAGCUUUAUCCAACGUUUAAUGACAUCAGGAAGGAGGCUUCAUUGGAUGUGGAGAUAGAAGUUAGUGGAUACACUAAAGAGCUCCAAGAAAAUGCCGCACUGCUAGAUGCUUCAAUCUCUGAAGAAGAAGAUUCUGAGAAUGAACUUUCAGAAAAUAAUCUGGAUGAAGAAGUUAAAUAUGUAAACAAAACACCUGAAAGCAAGGAUUUGCUUGCCAACAAUGAAACACAUUCUGAAGGUUCUACCUCUAGUGAUGAUACUGACAAUAAUGACAUUGAAAGUAUUAAUCUGGUCACACUGAAAAUAAAUGUCGAGGGAGAGGAAAAACAAUGUGCUGAAGUGGCUGGUGGUGUUGAACUUCCUGGAGAUGGUAAAACACAUGAUCUUGGAUGUGUGACUGAAACAGAACAUCAAACAGACCAGAGUGAUGAUGUUCUAAAGGAUAAGGAAGAAUGCCCUGACUUAAUUGAUCUAUCCACUCAAAACAAGGAAUUUAAACCUUUCAGGGAUGAAUUGCUGGAUUCCCAUGAUCACAGACAGAGAACCACCAGUGUGAGUUCUACAGGCAGCUUUUGGAGUACUUCAACGAUCCCAUCAGAUGUGAUCAAACGAAAAAUAAAACAACAGCUCACCAAGCAGCAAAAGUGUGCCUCCAGAAGACGUUUACAAAAGGGAGAAGCCAAUGUUUACACCAAGCAACGGCGAGAAAACAUGCAAACCAUUAAAUGGAGUGCUGAUCCCGAAAAUAUUUGGGGUUAGAAGAGCCUUAUAAAAGUUUAAUAAUCCUAGUUAUCUACAGGAAUCAAGUGAAAAUAGAUUCUGAAAAAUAAUUCGGACUGAUUCUAUAUUCAAAUUUCAGUGCUCUAUUAAAAUUACACAGUGCAUUGCAAUAUAAAGAUAUUCAGUUGUGAAAGUAACAGAGAGAGUACAUAAGCUUAAUAAGCAUCAUAUUAUUUUCAGUUUUAAGCUAUGAAUCGCUCAUUGAAAAUCAUUUGUUUUAUACUGAAUUCUUAGUGCAAUGUUUAUUUGAUAAAAAAUCAAAUCUCAAUAUUUUGAUGUACUGGAUCAGCAAAAUCGAAAUAAAUUAUUUCAUUAGCUCA